GAAAUGUAGUCAGCGUCGUGUUGCUGUUGUCCACAGCUGGUUAGCAUUUCUAUUGUCUUUCUUAUGAGAGGUAUAUCCGCUACAACCUUUACCUCCUUUCUUAUUCCCUCAGAAAUCUCAAAGUUUCAUAGUCCACCAUGACGGACGAACAAGAGAUAAUGUGCAAGCUAGAAAACAUCAAAGAAAUAAGGAAUAAGACAAUUCAGAUGGAGAAGAUCAAAUCUCGACUGAGGAGUGAGUUUGAAGCUCUGGAGUCAGAGGAGAAGCACCUGAGAGAGUACAAACAGGAAAUGGAUCUUCUGCUUCAGGAGAAAAUGGCUCAUGUAGAGGAGCUGCGUCUCAUACAUGCUGAUAUUAAUGUGAUGGAAAACACUAUCAAACAGUCUGAAAGUGACUUGAACAAACUGCUGGAGUCAACCAGGCGUCUCCACGAUGAAUACAAGCCGCUGAAAGAACACGUGGAUGCCCUGAGGAUGACCCUCGGCUUACAGAGACUCCCCGACCUCAGCCAGGAAGAGGAGAAGCUCUCAUUGGACUACUUUGAAAAGCAAAAAGCUGAGUGGCAGACAGAACCCCAGGAGCCUCCUAUCCCAGAAUCCCUUGCGGCAGCGGCAGCUGCAGCCCAACAGCUUCAAGCUGCACGGAAACAAGACGUCAGGCAGACAGCGACAUUCCGCCAGCAGCCGCCACCUAUGAAGGCUUGUCUCUCCUGCCACCAAAAAACACAUCAAAACACACAUAUCUGUCCUCUCUGCAAAGCCAAAAGUCGCUCACGCAACCCUAAAAAACCCAAGAGAAAACCAGACGAGUAACAUGCACUGAGAAAGCUUAAAGGAACAUUCCACUAUUUUUGAAAAUAGACUAAUUUUCCAACUCCCUUAGAGUUAAACAGUUGAGUUUUACCGUUUUCGUAUCCAUUCAGUUGAUCUCCAGGUCUGGCGGUAGCACUUUUAGCUUAGCUUAGCACAGAUCAUUGAAUCUAAUUAGACCGUUAGCAUCUCGCUUAAAAAUUAACAAAGAGAUUCAAUAUGUUUCCUGAUUGAAAACUUGACUCUUCUGUAGUUACAUCGUGUACUAAGACUGACGUCUUACGUACUAUACUCUCAUUCCGGCGUAAUAAUCAAGGAACUUUACUGCCGUACAUGGGUGCAUCAGGCGCAAUGAUAUUACGCAGCGCCUGAAAAUAGUCCCCAGCUAGUUUGUGAUUCGAAUCUGAUUCAGUGAUGUAUGCUAAACUAAGCUAAAAGUGCAACUGUCAGACCCGGAGAUCGGCUGAAUACAUUCAAAAACAGUAAAACUCAACUGUUUGACUCUAGGGGAGUUGGAAAAUUAGCCUAUUUUCAAAAAUAGUGGAGUGUUCCUUUAACACAUACAACCCCAACAGGAAACAAUUUACUCACAUAAACACACAUCAGUCACACUCUCAUGCAUGCACAUUUCCAAACACACACACUGACAGUUACCAUGAUGCCACAUAGUCACUGCGCAUCUAGACACACCUAACUGAAGGAAAGAACCAUCUGCAGUCUGAAAACUUGACCUCUUAAAGUGAUCCUGUAGUUAAUGUCUUCCUGCUUCAGUUGACAUGAGCUCUCAGUUUUUCAUUUCAUUUUUAUAUCAGUGAAACUUGAUAUUGUGAUAUUGUCUGUAUUUAGUCCGUAGUGGAAAUGGAUGCUGGUUUAGAAAUAUUGAGGUUUACUAUUCUGUGUUGGGUUUAAUUCUAGUGCAUUAGUUAAAACUAAAUGAAGUUGAAUUUAGUUGAAACUAGAUUCUCUGAAGUGGCUUUAGUCAAUAGAGCCGGUUGUACGGUAUUCAGUUAAUGCUUAAACUGGUCUUUAAUUAUUUUAAUGUCUUUUAAUGUUUUUCCUCUUAACAGUACAAAUUGCUUUUCUUGUAUUAUGUAACCAUGACUGUCCCAGACCAUGUCAGUGUUGUAAAAUGUCUUGAGGGCCGUUCACACAAGGUUUAGAUGGAGAGCAUCAAAACUGAACUUCUUUAAAAAUGUGGUGCUAAAUGCAUAAGACGCUGAAAAAGACAGCCGUUGAAACAAGUACUCUGGAUACAACGACCAACAAUUGCAUAUUAAUGCAGACUAAUUGUGUGAACAGCCCUUUUAGAAGUAGAAUAAUUUCGGAAAACAAGUUCAAUGAGAAUUCUUAAGCUUGAGUUCUAAUAGAACUAUCAUUCCGUUUGAGCUGUUACUUUGUGUUUUGGAAUUUGACUGAAGGGGCAUUAAGAACUUUCAGUAUUGAAUCAUUGUGUUAAUGUUUCAUCUUUUCUGAGAGUCCGUUUUUUAAUAAUUAAAACCUGUGAACUAAUAAACUUGUGUAACUCGUCAAGA